GCUGCCAGACCUCGCCAGUUCAGACCCACCGGGCUGCCCUCCCCUACGCUCUCCCCCUGCUGCCCAGGCCCGGAGCGCAGCGCGGCCGAACAGGUAUUUCUGCUGAGCUGUGCAAGGAACUACCUUCACUCGCUGGAGAUUCACAAUGCUGAAAGCCCUUUUCCUAACUAUGCUGACUCUGGCUCUGGUCGAGUCACAGGACACCGAAGAAACCAUCACGUAUACGCAAUGCACAGAUGGAUAUGAGUGGGAUCCUGUAAGACAGCAGUGCAAAGAUAUUGAUGAAUGUGACAUUGUCCCAGACGCUUGCAAAGGUGGAAUGAAGUGUGUCAACCACUACGGAGGAUACCUCUGCCUUCCUAAAACAGCCCAGAUUAUUGUCAAUAAUGAACAACCUCAGCAUGAAACACCAGUGGCAGCAGAAGGUGUGGGUGCCACUGCAAAUGCUGCCGCCACAUCAGGUACAGGCACUGGGGGAGUGUCAGCCAGCGGCAUGGCAGCCAGUGGAGUGAUGCCGGGGGGUGGCUUCAUUGCCAGUGCUGCUGCGGUUGCAGGCCCUGAAGUGCAGACUGGUCGAAAUAACUUUGUCAUCCGACGGAACCCAGCUGACCCUCAGCGCAUCCCCGCCAACCCUUCCCACCGGAUCCAGUGCGCGACGGGCUAUGAGCAGAGUGAGCAUAACGUGUGUCAAGACAUAGACGAGUGCACUGCCGGGACUCACAACUGUAGAGCUGACCAAGUGUGCAUCAAUUUACGAGGCUCCUUCGCGUGUCAGUGCCCCCCAGGGUACCAGAAGCGGGGAGAGCAGUGUGUAGACAUAGAUGAAUGCACCAUCCCUCCAUAUUGCCACCAAAGAUGCGUGAACACGCCAGGAUCAUUUUAUUGCCAGUGCAGUCCUGGGUUUCAGUUGGCCGCAAACAACUAUACCUGCGUAGAUAUAAACGAAUGUGAUGCCAGCAAUCAAUGUGCUCAACAAUGCUACAACAUUCUUGGUUCAUUCAUCUGUCAGUGCAAUCAAGGAUAUGAGCUAAGCAGUGACAGGCUCAACUGUGAAGAUAUUGAUGAAUGCAGAACCUCAAGCUACCUGUGUCAAUAUCAGUGUGUCAAUGAACCUGGGAAAUUCUCGUGUAUGUGCCCCCAGGGAUACCAAGUGGUGAGAAGUAGAACAUGUCAGGAUAUAAAUGAGUGUGAGACCACAAAUGAAUGUCGGGAAGAUGAAAUGUGUUGGAAUUAUCAUGGUGGCUUCCGUUGUUACCCACGAAAUCCUUGUCAAGAUCCCUACGUUCUAACAUCAGAGAACCGAUGUGUUUGCCCAGUCUCGAGUGCAGUAUGCCGAGAACUUCCCCAGUCCAUAGUCUACAAAUACAUGAGCAUUCGAUCUGAUAGGUCUGUGCCAUCUGACAUCUUCCAGAUACAGGCCACAACCAUUUAUGCCAACACUAUCAAUACUUUUCGGAUUAAAUCUGGAAAUGAAAAUGGAGAGUUCUACCUAAGACAAACAAGUCCUGUAAGUGCAAUGCUUGUGCUGGUGAAGUCACUAUCAGGACCAAGAGAAUAUAUCGUGGACCUGGAGAUGCUAACAGUCAACAGUAUAGGAACCUUCCGCACAAGCUCAGUGUUAAGAUUGACAAUAAUAGUGGGGCCAUUUUCUUUUUAGUCUUUUAAAAAAGAGUCCACUAUAGGCAUUUAAAUCAGCCAAAGAAUAUUGUUACCAUAAAGCACUAUUUUAUUUAUAGACGUAUCUAGUACAUCUACAUCUAUAUGCUGUACACUCACCAAUAAUUCAAACAAUGACACCAUGGUAUAAAGUGGGCAUUUAAUCUGUAAAGAUUCAAAGUUUGUCUUUAUUACUGUAUGUAAAUUAUACAUUAAUCCACUAAACUGGUCUUCUUCAAGAGAGCUAAGCAUAUUCUAUCCAAUGAAACUUGGAUUGGAUUCUUUUCUGUAAAAGUGGGACAAAGCAAUGAUUAUUUUCUGUGGUGCUUAAGGAAACUUACUACAGCUCACCAACAGUCUCAGAGGUAGGCAGCCAUCAUAACAUUGAACAGCAUGCAAGUUCAAGAAUGGAUUUUUUAACUGAUUUGUAAGAAAAUGGAAAAAGUCAAUAAAGAUAUAUUUCUUUA